AUGAAUUUUGUACUAGAUAAUCUUGGCAGAGCACAUACAAAUGCACUUAAACAAGCAUGGAUCAAUUUGAUCAAUGCUAUAAGCAAGGAAACAUCGUUAAAAGACAAUCAAAUAGCUGAUUCUGUCUAUGGAGACGAAUUAUUUCGUGCAAUUGGCUAUGAUAAUCCAGAUGUACUUUUACUUCGAUGGCUUCGUUCUCGUAAAUGGAAUGUUAAUGCUUCUGUUAGUCAAAUAAUAGAAACAUUAAAGUGGCGACAUGAUUGGGGCGUUCAAGAGCUUAUAGCUAAUGGUGAAAGAGCUAUUUCUGAAGAAGAAAUUGCAACAGGGAAGACUUAUUUCAUGGGUCAUGAUAGAGAAGGUCGACCAGUUUGCUGCAUUCAUCCAAAAGAACAUAUCAAAGGCCAAUUUCCUCACGAAUAUAGCGAGAAAUUGACUGUCUUCUGUGUAGAAACCUAUCGCAAGCUGCUACAACCACCGAUGGAAUCUGUAACGGUCAUUUUUGACAUGGCUGGCUCUGAAGCAAAAAACAUGGAUCUUCAUCAAAUUAAAUUUCUUAUUACCUUACUCGACAACUACUAUCCAGAUUCGUUGGGUCAUAUACUAAUUCUUAACUUUCCUUGGAUAUUAGGUAAAACUUGGGCACUAAUUAAAUCUUGGUUAAGCUCAACUGUUCAAAAGAAAGUACGAUUUAUUCAUAGUGAAGAAGAAUUGAUCGAAUUGAUUGAUCCAUCAGUUCUUCCGGAAAGGUUAUAUGGUACUCAACCGAAUUUUCAAUACAUUCCAUCGUCUGCUGAAGAUGAAGCAAUAUUUAAUGUUUUUCGAGCUGACACGAAAGGCAAAGCAAUUGCUGAAGCAGCACAUCGGGAUGCGGUUCGACAUUAUCUGAGUGUUACUUUGCAGUGGGCUAACGGCAAUGAAAGUAACAGUAUAUUAUCAGAGAGAAAAAAGGCUCGAAAACAACUUAAACAUACAUUUGAACAACUUUCACCUUAUAUUAGCACGCGUACUCAUUAUCAUCGUGUUGGAGUGAUUAAGGAACCUAUUUUUCAAAUUGCAUAUGAUAGACUUGUGCGUGGUAAAGAAGAGCCAAGUGUAACAUUCUUUUAA